GAGAAGAAGAGAAAGUGAAAGAAACUUUCAAUCUGCGUUAGUUCCGUUAGUUCUCUAAAAAUAGGAUGAAGUACCCCAGUAUUAUGGAUAACAAAUCGUUGUGCUUUUCUGGGAUGCUUGUCUACUUAAGGUGUUUUUAUAUGUUGAUAACCUCCUCGUCCACGGGAAAAGCCAUUCUACAUCGUCUCUGAUGAAUCGUGGCGUCGAGUAGGCCCGUUCAUCACCGGUUUCAGUGUCUGCUAAACCGUUAGCUGACUGAACUUGUACAGUUGGGCCUGACGUUCGUGGCAACUGGAUAUCUUCUCAGGUCGUCACGGUCAAACUGAAACCAGUGCUGAUCUGUUUCCAAUGUUAGUUUAGCUGCAGUAUGUCAGAGGAGCGAGGAAAUGACUCUCUCUCUAAGACGAGUCUCUCAGAGGAACAGCGUAAAAGAUCAGGCUCACAUGUGUCCAGCUCUGUGUCUGUGAAGAGUGACUGCUCAAAGGAUGGUGGCCUACCGAACUUCAGUGAGAAAAAGACAUCUAUCAAAAGAUCAAGUUCACAUGUGUCCAGCUCUGUGUCUGUGAAGAGUGACUGCUCAAAAGAUGCUGACCAACCAAACUUCAGUGAGGAAACACCAUCACCAACCAAAGGGCUUAAAUAUGAAGCAUUAGAUUCGGAUUUCCAGACUUACAGGAAACACAAGAAUUUCUCAAAGAAUCUCCUGUGGAUCUUCCAGCAAAAAGAGAACACACAAUCCUUAGUGGAGGACUUUAAUGAGAACAGAUGCUGUAUUAAAGAAGCAGCUCUUGAUCUCACACUACAUUACCUGAGAGAGAUGAAGCAAGAUGAAGCUGCUGAUGCUCUAGAAGAUGAGCUGAACUUUAAUCAUCAGCUAAAAUGUAGGUUAAAGGAGAAGUAUCAAUGUGUGUUUGAAGGAAUUGCAAAGCAAGGUGACUUCACACUCCUGAAUAACAUCUACACAGAUCUCUACAUCACUCAGGGUGGCAGUGAACAGGUCAAUACUGAACAUGAGGUGAGACAGAUUGAAGUUGCUUCCAGACGUCAUGAAGCACAAGAGAUACAGGUUGAAUGCACACAUUUGUUUGAAGCGCCUGAACAACAAGAGGAGAUCCGAACUGUACUGACAAAAGGAGUCGCUGGCAUCGGGAAAUCAGUCUCUGUGCAAAAGUUUGUUCUGGACUGGGCUGAAGGAAAAGAAAAUCAAGAUAUCAGCUUCAUAUUUCCUCUUCCAUUCAGAGAGAUGAACUUAAAGGAGAAAGAAAAACUAAGUUUGAUGGACCUUAUAACUCAGUUUUUCCCAGAGACAAAAGGACUGAACCUUACAAGAAGGAAUCAGUUCAAAGUGCUGUUCAUCCUUGAUGGACUGGACGAAUGUCGCCUUCCUCUGAAGUUUGAUUGUAAUGAGACGUGGUGUGAUGUAUCGUCACCAGCCUCUCUGGAUGUUCUCCUAACGAACCUCAUGAAGGGAAAUCUGCUUCCUUCUGCUCUCGUCUGGAUCACCAGCAGACCAGCAGCUGCCAGUAAGAUUCCUCCUGACUGUAUCGACCGGCUGACCGAGAUACGAGGAUUCAGGGACGCACAAAAGCAAGAGUACUUCAGAAAAAGAUUCAAGGAUGAUAUUCAAGCCAACACAAUCAUAGAUCAUGUUAAACAAUCAAAGAGUCUCUUCAUCAUGUGCCACAUCCCAGUCUUCUGCUGGAUUUCAGCCACUGUUCUCCAGAUCAUUCUGGAGGAGAAGAGAAAUAAUGAUGUGAAAAACACUCAGGCUGAUGAGAUCUCUAAAACACUGCAGGAAUCAAACAUUGAAGACACUCCCAAGACUCUGACACAAAUGUACACACACUUUCUCCGCUUUCAGAUCCAGCAGAGCCGCUGGAAAUAUGAUGGAGAAUACACACCAGAUGUUUCCUGGGAUAAAGACGCCAUCCUUUCACUGGGGAAACUGGCAUUUCAUCAGCUGGAAAGAAAUAACCUGAUCUUCUAUGACACAGACCUGGAAGCCUGUGGUCUUGACGUCUAUAAGGCAUCAGUGUACUCAGGCAUGUGUACCCAGAUCUUUAAGGAGGAAACAGGGAUCGUUCUUGGUACCAUGUACUGCUUUGUUCACUUGAGCAUUCAAGAGUUUAUUGCAGCCCUUUAUGCACAUCUGUUUCUAGACAUCAACAAGACAAGUAUGUUUGAUCAUGAGUCUACAGAACAGAAAAACAGAAAUGAAACCAUGAUUGAUUUUCUCAAGACUGCAGUGGACAAGGCGCUGGAGAGUGACAAUGGACACCUGGACCUUUUCCUUCGCUUCCUCCUCGGUCUGUCACUCCAGUCCAAUCGACGACUCUUACGAGGUCUGUUGACACAGCGAGACGGCACUGACCAGAGCAACAAGGGGACAGUUCGACGACUCUUACGAGGUCUGUUGACACAGCGAGACGACACUGACCAGAGCAACAAGAAGAUAGUUCAGUACAUCAAGCAGAAAUUAGCAGAUAAUCUUCCUGCAGAGAGAUCCAUCAAUCUGUUCUACUGUCUGAAUGAACUGAACGACCAAACUCUGGUGAACGAGAUUCAGACCCACCUUAGCAAAGGAAGUCUCUCAUCUGGUGACCUUUCACCUGCCCAGUGGUCUGCUUUGGCCUUUGUGUUGUUGACAUCAGAGGAGGAGCUGGAGGAGUUUGAGCUUCAGAAAUUCAAGAAAUCAGACCAGUGUCUCAUUAGAUUAUCGGCAGUCAUCAAAACAUCCAGAAGAGCUCUGUUAAAUGAUUGUAACUUAACAGACAAAAGCUGUUCAUCUCUGGCUGCAGUUCUUGGAUCAGACACCAAUCUGAAAGAGCUGAACAUGAACAAUAAUAAACUGCGGGAUUCAGGAGUGAAGCUGCUCUGCACUGGACUGAAGAAUAUAAAGUGUAAAUUGGAGAUACUGAGGUUAAGCUGCUGUGAUAUGACAGAUGAAGGUUGUUCUGAUGUGUCUUCAGCUCUGAAAUCAAACCCGUCACACCUGAGAGAGCUGGACCUGAGCGGGAAUAAUCUAGGAGACUCUGGAGUGAAAAACCUCAGUGAUCUACUGAUGAACCCACAAUUCAAGCUGGAGAAACUACAUCUGAGUGGAUGCAGUAUUACAGAGAAACAGAGUCUCAUCCUGACUUCAGCUCUGAAAUCAAACCCGUCACACCUGAGAGAGCUGGACCUGAGCUGGAAUAAUCUAGGAAACACAGGAGUGAAGCACUUAUGUGCCGUACUGAAGGAUUCACACUGUAAACUGGAGAGAUUGAGGUUAAGCUGGUGUUAUAUGACAGAUGAAGGUUGUUCUGAUGUGACUUCAGCUCUGAAAUCAAACCCGUCACACCUGAGAGAGCUGGACCUGAGUGAGAAUAAUCUGGGAGACUCUGGAGUGAAAAACCUCAGUGAUCUACUGAUGAACCCACAAUUCAAGCUGGAGAAACUACAUCUACGGUACUGUGACAUUACAGAUGUUUCUUCUUUAACUCAGUCUUUGACGAACUCAAAAGCUCUGCAGUUUUUAAAAGAGCUUGAUCUGAGAGAGAAUGAGAUCGGAGACUCAAAGCAGCGGCUCAGAGACGAGCUACGAGACUCAAACUGUGUCCUGAGAGCAGAUGAUGAUGAUCUAUUUACCAAGAUUAGAAGACUUUUUACAUAGUUUAAAUCUGUGAAACGGAGAUGAGAGGAGCAGAAAUCAUCAGGUGAUCCACAGAAGAGUCUCACUGCUGUCUAUGAGGAGAAAUACAUGUGUAAAUGUGUUUCAUACAGGUGGAAGAGACUCAGACUUCACUAUUAAAUAAAGCAGCGUGUGUGUUAGCAUGUGUAUUAGAAACAUGUGAUUAAUGUUGGUUUAUUAUUCAGCCAAAUGACUCCUGCCACAGUAUCUUAUGCCACAAAUUAAAUCAUUCUCACUUUCUCAUGAAGAGAUAAACAUGAAAAUAGAUCUCCUGACCUCAGAACAGUGGGAGGCGGCGAGAAAAGGGAAUCAUUUUGGGAUAUCGUGGAUAUAAACUUCUCAAAUAUAAAAUUAGAGGUGUCUGCUCAGGUUAUGGCAAGACAUUGGCCCACACAAAGAAAAGUGUAACACACACACUAAUCAACAAUAUUAACAAACUUGCUAAAAAAAGAGCAUUUGAGCCAAGAAGAUAAUAAUGCCUUAUUAGACUUACAAAUCCAACUAGACAUUUAUAUGAGAACAAAGCAAAAGGAGCUUUUAUAACGUCACGGAGGAAUUGGAUGGAACAGGGUGAGAAAAACAGCAGAUAUUUCUUUAACAUGGAAAAAAGAAGAAGUGAAAUAAUUUACUGUCACAGACUAGAAGGACACAGAUGGAUGAGUGUAAACCAGGUUUAUUGAGACAGGGGAUAUUGUAGACAGCAGGUAAGUAUAAAUAGAUAAAGUUCGGUAGUGGAGCGGGACACAGUCUGAUUAAGGAUUUCUUAUCUUGAGCAGGGCUGGAAACUGGAGAGCGGAUCUGGACGGAGCCGAGCGAUGAAUAAGUGGGUGAAGUUCAAAUGACAGACACCUGUUUGUGAUUUCAGUAAUUGGCGUGAGGAGAUUGCAUAUAAGCAGGCUGUGCUGACAGCAGUUUGAGAGAGGAACUGGGAGCUCAUGCACGCCGGUCUGAGGAUUUGCCGUCCUGUGAAAAAGCUGUGUUUCAGUGAAAAGAGUGUUGCUGUUCAGUGAUCUGAGGAAGCUGUAUUCAGUGGGAAGAGUACAGUUUGUUUUUGAUUUAUUUUGAACUGCCUGAGUUUAUUGUGUGAGCGUGCUGACGCGCCGUGGGAAAUAUUGUUAAUAAAGUGCACGAGCCCCAGUAUUCUCCAA